AUGUCGUCCGUCAGUCUCGACCAGAUCCUCUGUGCGCGAGCCGGUUGGCGCUUGAGGUACUUGAUACCAUGCUGGAUCUUCGUCAUCUCGGUCCUGCUCUGCCUCAUGGGCAUCUUCGCCUACAGGCUGGCCGAAACACUCGAGCACUACAAUGACAACAAGGAGCAGGGCCAGGCACCUGUUGUUGAGCUCUUAUGGGAGGGCACAAAUGUUGGCUUCAACCUCAUCUCGCUGGUCCUCAAUAUCAUCGAGGUUUCCAGGAUGGUGACCGACAGUCUCACGCCUUUCUUCAUGCUCUUCAGCCAGGGUAUCAAGCUCGCCCUCGCACUCGCCAUCCUCGGACUGGACGUGACCGUCUAUGUGCAGAGGACAGACGCGAACUAUUCCAUCAUCGCCUUGGCUCUCGACUGCGGUCUCCUGUAG